AUGACGUUCAUAGACCUUCAGGCUGGCUUUGUACUCACGCUCAGUGGUCAUGAAAUGACAUCGAUUGACGUUGGACACGGCGCGUGCGAAGGCGAGCAUUGCACUCUGGCCAGUAAAGGAACGCUCAGAAGAGAAAUACUACGAGGUAUUCUAAGCUUGCGGCACCUGGAUACACAUGCGUCCCACACGCUCGUCAUGCCUGCACUCGUGCCCACAUACGAAGCGCCGCGCGUCACGCUAGUCAGCCACAUGACGAUGGAUCGUUUGAAAGCAUACGGCGUCUCUGUUGUCUCACGAUGGGCUGGUAGCAUUUCAAUCUCAGUCUAUCUGACUCAGCAGACUGACGAGCUCGAUCUGGUCGAAUUCUUUCGGAACGAGCAGAAGACCGCCUGGGAGAACGUCACGAUCACGAUCGUCAGACCGAGCUACGCGCCUGACGAAGCAAGCUUAUUACACCGACUUCGAUACCCAAUAAAUCGCUUACGCAACUUGGCAAUCUCGGUCGCGCCAGCAGCAUAUGUACUCAUGACUGACGCAGACUUUGUUCCAUCACCCAAUAUGCACGAGAUCAUUACGAGACACGGACUGCCUUUGUUAGAUAGCAAGAUAACAGCCUGGCCGUCUGCACACGACCCACGAAUGAUCAUCAAACACGCCAUCGUCAUACCUUGUUUUGUUGCUUCGCCAGGAGCAACUCAGUUCGCUUCCUCGCAAGACGAGCUUAAGGCACACCUCGGUGCAAGACCGGCAUUGCUUUCAUUAACAGAUCCGACCAUUGGUCACGGCCCGACUGCACCUCACAGGCUGAUCAAGACGCAAGCAUAUGAAGACUCGCCGAUCUCUGCAUGGUCAUACAGCGUCGGCUUCGAGCCAGAAUGGGAGCCAUACUACCUUCUCGAGAAGCAUUCUCAUCUGUUAUAUGACGAGCGCUUCACGGAUCAAGGCGGUGAUAAGCAAAGUCACGCGCUCCUGCUAGCAGCUCUGGGCUUCAGAUUUACUGUCCUACGCGGUGCAUGGCUGAUCCAUCCACCCAAAGUCAAACGUAUGGGCGGUCUCGAAUCUGUCGAUGAGGACGAGCUGUGGCCAAUGGAUCGUCAUUUGCGGCGUCUCUUGCAGAGCAAGUCGCCAUCGGCAGCUAAAAAGUCUGCAAAGCUGCACUUUUCGUCUGCACAAAGCGACAAGACUCGCUUUCGUUAUUUCGAAGGCUUCAUGCCUGAGCUCAAGGCGACUUUCGGCUCUCGCGAGGAUCUGAUGCGACGUUGGCGAGGCAGUCUGCGGGCUUUUGUCCAUCGCCAUGUCGGGCGAAGAGGUCUAGGCGGACUGAUCUGCUGA